CUCGUCUUCCCUGCAGCUGUAGCAUUGCCUCAAGGUCGCUGGCCUUUGCUUUGCAGAAUAUUGCAGGCGCAGUUGCAUAGCCUGUUGUUAGUUUGUUACCCAGCAAUGAAAACAUCACCAGUCUCGGUUUCUCUGGGUGUCUUCCUCUUCAUCCUGCUCCCAACCUUCUCCUCCAGUUCAUGCCUGUCCACGCUCAAAUGUAACAACACCGAUCCCAUCGAGAUCAGACCUCCUUUCUUCGUUGGUACUCCAGAUUUCGAUCCAGCCUGUAGGAAAUCGGUUAACGUCAGCUGCGGCCAACUGGGUCCAGAGCUGGAUCUCGCUACUGAGAGCAAGCUAUUGCUGAAUCAGAUUCAUUACGAUUACCGUACGGUGGUAGUCCAGGAUGUGGAGCUCAGCGUCCUCAAGAAUUUGUCCUGCAGUUUCAUGUUCACCUUCAGGCCGCCUGUGGCCAACUUCCAGAGCAGUUACCCAGACUUGGUGAGGUGGUUCUCAUCGAUCAGCUGCGGCCAUAACAACCUCACAGUUUUCCACAGCAUUUUUGGGGAUGACAAGGACGUUGACCAAAACACAGAACCGGACGAGCGCGGUCUUGCUUCAUGCCAUGCCUCUCCGAGGUUCGAAUGGAUCCUAAACUUCAGUGGGGAUGGUAAGGCCGGGCAGAUCCCUCAGUUCUCAGUGCGAUCAGGAAGCAUAAGGAAGUACCUUUUGUCGCCUUCAGAUUGCGUUUCACCUUCCCCUGGAGAUGGAGGCCAUGGUGAGAAGUAUGGCAUUAGGUUACUUAUGGCAGUGUUCAUAUCUGCAACUUCUGGGAUGCUUUUAGCAUGCUUUUUUGCUGUGCUGAAGCCACUUUGGAAAAAAUUGUUCCUUUUCCGGAGGAAGAAUCGUGAAACCAAAGAAAAUAUUGAAUUGAUACUAUCCAGAUAUGGGAUAACACCCAAAAGAUACAGGUACACUGACCUGAAAAGGAUAACAAGGUCUUUCAGCGAAAAACUGGGGGAAGGAGGAUAUGGCAUGGUUUUCAAAGGUGCUCUUAAGGAUGGACGCUUGGUUGCUGUCAAGCUACUUCAUAACUCGAGAGGCGAUGGAGAGGAAUUUGUCAAUGAGGUUGUAAGCAUUGUCAACGCCUCUCAUGUUAACAUAGUUUGCCUACUUGGAUUUUGUAUAGAAGGAUCAAGGCGAGGUCUCAUAUAUGAGUACAUGCCUAAUGGAUCAUUGGAGCGAUACAUCUAUUCUGAAAAUCCAAAAUCAACUAUAGGGUGGGAAAAAUUAUAUGAUAUAGCAAUUGGCAUUGCACGAGGGCUAGAGUAUUUGCACAGAGGGUGCAAUAGGCGCAUCAUCCAUUUCGAUGUCAAGCCUCACAACAUCCUUUUAGAUGAGAACUAUUAUCCGAGAAUUGCUGAUUUUGGUCUGGCCAAACUCUGUAACAUCAAGGAGAGUAUCGUUUCAAUGGCAGGUGCACGAGGAACCAUUGGCUUCAUUGCUCCAGAAGUGUUCUCUAGAAGUUUUGGUGUUGUAUCAACCAAGUCAGACAUCUACAGCUUUGGAAUGGUGAUUUUGGAGAUGGUUGGGGGGAGAAGAAAUGUGCAAACAAAUCCUGAAAAUUCUAGCCAAAUUUAUUUCCCGGAAUGGCUUCAUGAUCACUUAUCUAAUGGGGGUACCCUUGAAACCUUUGAUGUGACAAGUGCAACCGAGGAGAUUGCAACAAAGAUGGCUUUGAUUGGUUUGUGGUGCAUACAAAUGAUGCCAGAAGCUCGGCCUUCUAUCACCAAGGUCAUAGACAUGCUAGAAAGGAGUGUUACUGAAUUAGAAAUUCCACCAAUGCAAUUCUUAUCUUGCCCCCCAGAAUCAUCAAUCCAUUCGAUUAAUACAGAUUCUGGAGAAGAUACUCAGAAUUUAAGUUUCCUUACUCAUUUCAACAAAUGACAGAAAAGGUAUCCUUGUUAGUACUACUACUGUACCACGAUGCCUGUAGAUAACAAAUGAGAGAAUUCAAGUUUGGGCUGUGUGACCCAGGUUGUGUUGCUACUCUUCUCUCCACAUAUCCGUUUAUGGGCUUCCUUUUCAAUAUCAGCUUACUGACCUUUUUGCAAGAUGUGGACUAAUUUCAAGAAAGCAAAAGCAGAGCCCUACUUGGUUUAUCCAUGCAUGGAAGCCAACACUAAGUUCAGGUCUACCAAAAUACCUUCAAAAUCAUAGGUAACUUGCGCAAGUAAAUAUUGCAAUAAGGAUUACCUUGACGCAGCUCUUAGGAUGAAACAAGAUUGAAACUCCAUCGAUGUAUAUCACACUAUCCUCCAAUGUUACGAUACCAUUGUACCUUUAAGAGAAUUACAUGACUGAUGUGAUAAACCAUUUCACUUAGGAAUAAUUGUUUUUUGUAAUUGUG